CACUGACACAUAUUAUGACUAAACCUAAACUUGACUGUUGUGAGCAGCGAUGGGUGUCAAAAUUAGCCAGCUACAAUUUUGACAUCAAAUAUGUGCCAGGCCCACGAAACAUUGUUGCUGACGCUCUCAGUCGUGUCCCUUUUUGCAAAAGUGUCGGUCACAGACUGGUCAGUGAACCACUUCAUGAACUCGCCAGAGAGGUCGCUGUUGUAUCUGACACAGCUGUUCAACAGACCUUCAGAGAAUCCACCGACCAGCCUGUAAUGGCAGAGAAGCUAACACGUCUGGUUGCUACAAAUGCCCAGUCCCUUCACAUGUCAGCUCAGUCUUUAUCCACACAGGAAGUCACUGCUGUUAUCCAGUCACACACUGAAUGGAACUCUGGGGCAAGGACUCGUGCGACAGCUCUUGUGGGUCACCUACCCCAGCUCAUCCCUGACAGUUUGUCCAGCCUGCCUGUCUUCUCUGUUGAAGAUCUAAGAGAGGCACAGUCUAGGGAUAAGACCUUGUCCCGUAUUCAUUUUUAUGUGGAGAGGUCUCGGAGACCAUCCAGACGAGAAAGAGCACAGGAGACAAGUCAGGUCCUGAGGCUCCUGAAACACUGGGAACAGUUCGUUCUGAGUGAUGACAUCUUAUACAGAGUAUCACGUGAUCAGAUUUCAAAGACAAGACGCAAUCAGUUUGUAGUUCCUGACUGCCUGAAAGCUGAUGUCUUGAAAGGAGUGCAUGACAGCGCAGGUCAUCAAGGCCAGUCUAGGACUCUAAACAUUGCUAGACAGAGAUUUUUUUGGCUGCAUAUGGACAGAGAUGUGAGAGAAUAUGUUCGUCAUUGCCAGCGUUGUAUUGUGAGCAAAGUAGCUGAGCCUGAUGGAAGAGCUCCUCUAGAAAGUAUUGUCACCACCCGACCCUUGCAACUUGAAUGCAUCGACUUCUGGUCAGCUGAGGAUUCACACAAUAAGUCUGUAGAUGUUUUAGUGAUGACAGAUCAUUUCACUAGACUGGCCCAGGCCUUUGCCUGCAGAGAUCAAUCAGCCAAGUAGGUUGUGAGAGUCCUCUGGGAGAAGUAUUUCUGUGUCUAUGGGUUUCCUGAGAGAAUACACAGUGACCAGGGCCCAAGCUUCGAGAGUGAAUUGAUCGCUGAGCUUCUGAAGUUGUCGGGUGUGCGAAAAUCCCAUACUACCCCUUACCACCCAAUGGGGAAUGGCAGCGUUGAGCGUUUUAAUCGAACGCUUGGCAACAUGAUCAGAGCUCUUCCUCCUGAAGCAAAGCUUGAUUGGCCUAGGCGCUUACAAACACUCACUUUCAUGUAUAAUUGUACCUCUCAUGAAACAACAGGAUAUGCACCGUUUUUCUUGAUGUUUGGGAGGGUGCCGCGUCUUCCAGUAGACAUCCUGUUUGGUAAUGUUUUGACUGACCCUGAUGUCACCAGUUUUGACAGAUAUGUCUCAAAGCUGUCUGAGGACCUGAGAGAAGCCAUGUUAAUUGCUCAGGAACAUGCGACUAAAGAACAAGGCAGACAGACGAGGCUCUACAAUAGGAAAGUGAAAGGAGCAACAAUUGAGAUUGGAGACCGUGUACUUGUGGCCAAUAAGAAAGAGAGAGGGAAGAGUAAGGUUGCAGACCGCUGGGAGCCGACUGUUUACACUGUGAUGGAUAAGAAUGCAAAGACACACACGUACAAAAUACAGAACACUGUCACAGGGAGUGAGCGGGUGGUUCAUCGUAAUCUGCUCAUGCUGGUGAACUUCCUUCCCGUCCAAGGUGUGCCACAUUCUUCUCCGUCUGACCUCUCAAUGUCUUCUGUCCUGUCUUCUGUCCCUGAUGUCCAUUCCAUGGCUUCAGGUCAAACUUCAUCCAAGCAGACGGAAGACCAAGUGUCUGUCCAGCAAGAGUCUCAACAUAGUGUGGAAGAUGUCCAGAGUCUUAUGAGUGAUUCUGUGCCUGUAAAUGAUUUGAAUGGCUGUCUGCCCAGCUCUAAUAUUGAGAGUCCAAGUUCUGAUGUCUUGCCAGUGUUACCUGUUGCUAAAGAAAGAACCAGAGAGUGGGUCAGUCACUUGAAUACACCAGGUCACCUACCUGACUCUCUUGAGGGAACUUUCAGUGAGCCACUUGCUGACCCGACUGACGUGUUGUCUGACGAAGCAUCAGAUUUGUGCUCUGGACCCUCUUACCCUACUCACACUGACGAGACUGUAGUUAAAGAUGCCUUGACUGUUAGUGAUCACAACACAGCUUGUUUAGUUACUUCUGACACUGCACCCACUGAUGUACACACUGAGUUGUCUGAGCCUGUACCACAAACUACUACACGUUUGGGUCGUGUUAUUAGACCAGUCAACAGACUCCUUUAUCCUAUAGUUAGACAAGAUAUCACUAAACGAUUGCAGCAGAAUGUUCAGACUGUCUGCAGCUCUGUUGUUCAAGCUCUUAGGGCAUAAGUCUUCUGCACCUUAUACCUGGUGAUUUAUGUAUUGAUAGUUUUGGGCAAGUGUAGAAUGUGUAAGGCAUUCUUCAUCCGGUGGUUGGUUGGAGAGUUUGACGUCUCUCUCUGUCCACUACAUCCUUAAAGGAUACCUUUUACAUGGUCGGACUUUUAGUGUUAUCCCUUGACAUUUGAUGAGCUUUGGGUAUAGUGUUGAAGCAGGUGUGUAAUUUUGUCUAGAAUUCAGUGGGGGGUGGGUGUAACAGAGUUGAAGAUAACCUCACUUACAUAAAGUAAAUUCUUUCAAAAUUAUGAUAUUACAUUGUUAUUGUAAUCUCUAUUUUUAUAUACACUGGUUUUUAUAUGUUUAAAAUGUUUUCAUAUGUCGUACCCAUUCACAUGAGUUUAAAACAUGAGACAUUGCGACUGCAAUUGUAUUUUCAAUUCUA